CUGUGGUCAAAAAAAUCUUUUAUGAAAUAGACAAACAAAUUUAAGAAAGUUUCCAAAGAAUUUGAAUAUAGGCUAUACAUAAUUUGCUAAUUUCGUGUUUAGUUUCACCAAAACCUUUAAAAUAUACAUUGUGUAUAAUUUAAUUAGAAAUAAUAGUUUGAAAUUUAUUAGGCGCAAUUGAUUUUUAUUUUAGUCAAUACCUGUCAUUUAGGUAUCAUUAAUCCUUCUGACAGCCACACUAUGGGAUUAUUGUCUAUAUUAAGGAAAUUGAAAUCGUCACCUGACAAGGAGCUUAGGAUUCUCCUCCUUGGAUUGGACAAUGCUGGAAAAACCACGCUCCUCAAGAAACUCGCCUCAGAAGAUGUCACACACAUAACGCCAACACAGGGUUUCAACAUCAAGUCAGUGCAGUGUGAUGGAUUCAAACUCAAUGUAUGGGACAUUGGAGGUCAACGCAAAAUUAGACCUUACUGGAGAAACUAUUUUGAGAAUACUGAUGUGCUGAUAUAUGUAAUAGACAGUGCGGACCGCAAGCGUCUUGAUGAGACCGGCUAUGAACUGUCAGAACUGCUGAUGGAUGAGAAGCUGCUGGGAGUGCCGGUGCUUGUGUAUGCCAACAAACAGGACCUGUUGCAUGCGGCAUCAGCUGCCGAUAUUGCCCAGGCCCUGGCUCUCCACAUGAUCAAGGACAGACCAUGGCAGAUACAGGCCUGCAGUGCAACGGCAGGCGAGGGUAUCAAGGAAGGUAUGGAGUGGGUGAGCAAAAAUGUUGGCAAGAAGAAGUAAACUGUCUUGGAUCACCUCAAGUGCCUACGCACUAUUGAGAAGUGCCUAUGCACAGGUGCCUACAAGAAAGAGAAGUGCCUUCUCUCUGAUUCUGAGAAAAAAUUUAUAGACUUAAAGAAAUAUUUCAGUUGUUAUAGAACUGUAACACUUUACCAAAGUCCAUCUCAUCGUUCUAGUCAGCUUAGAUAAUGAUGUGUUGUUGUAGUAUUUUAUUGUAUAGUUUUAAUGCUGUCAAAUAUGUUAUAUUGUAUUUGACAAUAAAUACACUCAAAUUUAUUUAUGAUAAUGCAAUGUAAGUGGAGACAACUAUAUUAUUAGUUAACACAACAUACAAAUUAGAAGUAUACUGUAGUAGCUUGAAUAGUAUAUAUUUCAAAGCACAUAACUUAUUAAGGUUUUUAUUGUUUUAUAUAUUUACAUGUAAUAUUUUAACUUAUAUAACAUUUACUUGAAUUACAGUAUUCUCCUGUUGA